AUGUUGCAAAGGCAACUUACAACAUCAACAAACAUGCGACUAAAAAUGCUAUCGUCUAUACAAAUUGCGAAUGAAAUCAUUUCUUGUUGGGUAGCCGUCAUGAAAGCAUCAUGCUUAAGUUUCAGCUUUACAUUUACUAACCAAACAUAUAUAGAACUAGAUGAAGCUUUAAAAAUUGAGCAUAUUUUAUUACUAAAAAAACAUCAAGACAAGGAAACGUCUAUCAAAAAGCAAAAUUCAUCAACUUUUGCUACUGAAAAAAAAGCAGCUUUAAUACAUAGGCGUGUAGAGUUUUACAAGCAAAUAAGUUACAUUUUAUUAAAUGAUAAUGGCACAUUCAAUAAGUAUAUAAAUUUGCAUUCUGGCGAUAUUGUGCAAAUUCAGGAAGAAACUAGUCUGUCUUACGCUACACUAAAAGGAAUAUUUACGCAUAAAUAUAAUGAUGGUUUAGUAUAUUCAUUUAUUUGGGUUAACUGGUUGUGGGAAUGCUCUAUACUUGAUCCAAUUCUUCAAUAUUCAGUUUAUGAAAAACAAACAGCUGAAAACGCAAAGUAG